AUGAUGGGCACAUUAGAAGGGUCUAUACUUACCCUUGUAGUUGAGAAGGCCAAUACCUCAAUCUGGUCAAUUAAUUGGGACAUCAAAUUAUUUGCAACGAUUUAUAAUGGAGUAGUGUGUUCUGGAUUUGCAUACUACAUUUCGGGAGUGGUAAUGCAGGAUAGAGGACCAGUAUUUGUGACGGCUUUUAACCCGCUUAGCAUGGUUAUAACUUCCAUGUUGGAGUCUUCUUUUUUAGUCGAGAAAUUGAACUUAGGAAAUAUUAUUGGAGCAAUUGUUAUUGUCCUUGGGCUGUAUUUGGUGAUAUGGGGCAAGAGCAAGGAUCAAAAACAACAAGGUCACGAGCCAUCACUUAAUCAACAAGAGAAUGGAAUGAAGAGAUCAAUUAAACAUAGUGUCGAUGUUGUUAAUUCUCAUGGUAAACCAUCUAGUGAUGUUGAAGUAGUUUAGGGAAUUUGCUUAGACAGUAUUUAUCAUUUUCGUCUUAUGAUUAUUAGUAUCAUUAGAAGCUUGGUGAAACUGUCACACCCCGUUAAAGUGGAAACACGAAGGGUGACAGGCUAAGGUCUCAUAACACAAGGUAAAUAGGAUUACCAACCAUAAUCAUUGAGC